AUGAGUGAGAACUUUGUCCCGUAUUCCGAAUAUUCGAAUUUGGAAAAUGAAUUCAAUUACGAUUGGGCCGUGCCUGAAUACCCGCAACCUUCUCCCGUUCAGUUUACCGAAACUAUCCCUACCCGUGAUAUCCGUGAUCAUUUAUCCAUCAGCGACCGCGUGAAUCCUAAGGUGGCUAUCCCUCGGACCUCACAGCCCAGUAGUUGGACUACCAGUGGUCGGGUUAGUCGGGCUUGUGAAAAUUGUCGCGAACAAAAGGCCAAAUGUAGUGGCCAUCGUCCAGCCUGUCAUCGGUGUCUGGAUGCCAGUGUUCAGUGCUCGUAUGGCGAUCGGAAAAGGGAAAGGAUGGUGAAGCAGCUGAAUGAUCUAACUACACGGGUUGAAAUAUUUGAUGCUUUGAUCCGCGAUAUUUAUCCUAAGCUCGAUGUCUUGUCGGCCGAACAGGUGGAUCAAACACUGAGGGAGCUAAACGCGCGCACUCCGCUCACCCAAGCUAUUCCCCUUACCCCUACCCCUACCUUAUCCACAAAUCCAUCAAGCCAUAUCAACGAAGUGCUUUUUCCCCAUACAGGUGCUGGUAUAUCUAUUCCCUCGGGGGCUGUAGACUACACUGAAGAGGACUUCAACCGUGAUGAGAAAGUACAGGCGACGGGAUUUGUGGGCGAACAUUCGGAGAUGGCAUGGUUGUACAGACUCAAACGCGAUCUUGAUCAUAAAAGUUUGAAAACAACAGAGACCUCUGAACGCCCUUCGAUCUCUUCCGUGAAUUACUUCCAAGAUAAGUCGGAAAUUUUGGUUGUCGAAGAUAUCGACCUCGCACGCCGGCCACCACAACAAAUUGCUAACAGGCUCGUUGACACCUACUUCAACAUCGUUCAUCCUUCCUUUCCGGUUAUUGGAAAGGCAAUCUUCCUAAAUCAAUAUCGAUCCUUCUAUACGAAUCCGAAUGUGCGACCUGGGAAACGAUGGAUUAUAGUGCUAAACCUCGUCUUUGCCAUUGCGACCAGACAUUUCUUUCUUGUCAAUCAGCCCCAACCAAACUGCGAUGACCAUCAGACUUAUUUUGCACGGGCGUGGAGGCUGAAUGUAGGUAACGUGUUGCUAAACCAUCCCGACUUGCAACAGGCACAGGUGGAGGGCCUGGCUGCUUUUUACCUCAUAUCGGUGGGACAAGUUAACAGGUCAUGGAGACUCAUUGGCAUUGCGAUUCGAUCGGCGGUGACCAUGGGUCUAAACAUUCGAAGCGAGGGCGAGAGCACCACACACUGCUCGAAGGAACUUCGAUGUCGGGUUUGGUGGGCGCUGUUUAUGUUGGAUGUUGUGCUAUGCGAGAUGACCGGCCGUCCACCUAGCACAGGGGAUAUUUUUUGCUCCACGCCCCUGCCUCUCCCCUUCGCCGAGGAGGAGUUUGGAGAUCAACGUUUUGUGCAACUUAUUGUCAACCAAAGGGCUCGAAGUGCCUUUUUCGCCUCUUUAAUUUCCGAUGCCACAAUGAAUCCACCAAGGGAGAGUAUGGCUCCAAACACCCCGGGACAGCAAGUGCCCGCCAAUAGAAAACAAGAAGAAAAGGCGAAUCAGAUUGGGACAGAGAAUUUGGCACCCAAAUCUCCUCUAUACUUUCUGUACGCAGUGGACCUAGCUCAUCUCUUACGGGAGGCUAUUAAUAUCCUGUAUGCUCCUAGAGCAAUGCGACAGUCAUGGCAUGAGAUUGAAAUUGCUAUUUCCAAGCUAAACAACCAAGCUGACAACUGGCUGUCUCGUCUCCCGACGGAGUUCGAUUUCACAGCGCUAGACACAAAAAAUCAAGUUCUACAACUGCGUACUUGUCUUGCUUUCCGAUUCUACGCCACCAAACUGCUAAUCUUGCAGCCUUGUAUCCGCCGUUUAUUUCAACAAUCAUCUGAAGCAAACUCCCCAGGAAUGGCGUGUGACCAGAUGGCAGCCUUGUGUGUUCAAAUGGCAGGUCAAAUGCUCGAACUGCUGCCCGAGGAGCCUGAAACAACCUGGCUGUAUGGCGUUGCCCCAUGGUGGUGCAUCAUGCACAACAUCAUGCAAUCGACUACCAUCCUCCUCACUGAACUAUUCACGCGCACUCAUAUAGGCACCAUCAAGGCUGUUGAUAUCACUAAGAAGAUCAAAAAAGCGACUCGCUGGUUGAAAGUGAUGUCGGCCAAAGACCUUUCUUCGCACCGAGCCUGGCUUGUCUGCAUGGACCUUCUUUCACGCCAUGGCUCGAGGUUUGGAUUCGGUGUGGACACCGAACUAUAG